AUGGAAGAUCCGGAGUUGGCCGCCAUCCGUGCCUCCAGGAUGGGGCAGCUGCAGCAGCAGGGCGGCGGCGCAGGUGGUGCGAAGGGGGAGGACGACGGUGCGAAGCAGCAAGCAGAGGAGCAGAUGAGGAGGGAUUUGCUUGCAACCGUUCUUGACUCUGCUGCUCGCGAACGGCUUGCGCGCAUUGCGCUAGUCAGCCCUGAAAGGGCGCGCCAGAUUGAAGUCAUCUUGCUGCGAAUGGCGCAGAGCGGGCAGCUGCGCGGGAAGGUGUCCGAGGAACAGCUGAUCGACCUCCUCGAUCAGAUCGACGGCGCGCAGUCGAAGACCGCGUCUGGCAAGGGCUCUAUAGUGUUCCAACGCAGAAAAGGAGGCUUUGACGAUGACGAUGACUGGUGA